AUGAGCAAUAAAAAAUUGAUCAAGUCAACUUCAUCCGUUCGAUCCAGAAAAUUUCCUCCGCCUUUAAAUUUACCUUCGAUUCCCAAUGAACACAAUACAUCCGAACAAAACUCUUCAAUCAACGAUUACUCUUGCUCAUCUUUCCCGUGUUCGCACCAGUCGAUAUCAUAUACUCUUCCAACGUGCCAACGCCCUCAAAUUUUUCAACGCUUACAGGACUCUUCUUCAUCAUUAUUAGUGACGCCUUCACGGAGGUCACAAAGUUUGAAGAUCUCGAAUCAAUUGAAACAACGGCAAACAGGAAAUGUACCUGAUCAACAAUGGAUUGAUUGUAUUUGUUUAAUUAUCUCCAAAUCAUUGAAAAAUGAAAUUGAAGCAUUACUUGAUAAAUACAAAACGAACUAUUUCGAUCGAAUCAAUGCUUCAGACACAUCCGAUGAGAUUAUUCGAACGAGUUUAUGUGAAAUGGUUGCUCAGGUAAUCAAGCUUUUGUUAUAA